UUUGAAAGUACCGGAUGUGUAUGUAUGUUUUAAGGCUGCUCGCUUGACCGACCCCGGACUGCUUCUUCUCUGCCUCAGCUGAAGAACAAACCGACGCAGCUGGGUUUGCAUCAAGUAUCAACCCUUGGCCUAAAUAGAGGAAUUUACCAUCACUUCAAAUUCAACAGCAGCAUUUUUGCAGAGUUAAAUAGAAACAGUAAGCAAAUGAAAUAAGUGUCAACUAGCCGUAACCACAGAAACAGGCUAGAGGCAAAGAAGCCAAAACAAAACAUCAAAACCCGGCAAACAAAGAGGUCCUUUUUUCAACGCCAACAUUUUUCCUCCAUAUUCAAUAGUUAUGAGUCAUGUGGCCGUCGAAAAUGCCCACGGUCUAGAGCAGCAGCUCGCUGUCCUAGACUUGAGUGCUCCAGAUGGACAAGGCGGAGGUACUAACAGGCGAUACAUUCCUCCACAUUUACGGAACAAAGACGCAUCCAAGAACGUGGGAAAUGCUUUUGCUGCUGGACGACCGGGGGGGUACACCAUAGCGCCUGCAGCAAACUACGGUUGGGACGCAGGGCGCAACAACUUUGUCAACGGCUACCAUGACAACCGCAUGACCGGCAACUCGUUCAACCGUGGCCCGCCACGCAUGGAGCGUGGGCGAGGCGGUGUUGCGGGAGGCAGUUACCGUGGCAACAGGGGCGGGGCGUUCAACCCCAUUAACCCCGCGCAGCCCAUAAACUUCGAGGCCGGUGGCUGGAACACAGCCAAAGACGCCUAUAGCAGCUUUGGCAACAACCGAGGGAAGUCUGCGUUCUUCAACGACAGAGGCAACACCAACAGAGGAAGGUUCGAUCACGGUGGAUUCGGUGGUGGCGGAGGAGGAAACAGCCGCUGGGUGGAGGAGUCCAGGGACGAUGGCGACUGGUCCAAGCCGCUGCCGCGUAACGAACGCCUGGAACAUGAGCUGUUCUCCGGCAGCAACACCGGGAUCAACUUUGAGAAAUACGACGACAUUCCCGUUGAGGCUACAGGACAAAACUCCCCUCACCACAUCGAGAGUUUCCAAGAUGUCGACAUGGGUGAGAUUAUCAUGGGUAACAUUGCUCUGAGCCGCUACACCAGACCAACUCCUGUGCAGAAAUACGCCAUUCCUAUCGUGAAAUCCAAGAGAGACCUGAUGGCCUGCGCACAGACGGGAUCUGGAAAGACAGCUGCGUUCCUGCUUCCAAUUCUCAGCCAGAUCUACACAGACGGACCAGGAGAAGCUCUGAACGCAGCCAAAGCCUCAGGACAGGAAAAUGGGAAGUAUGGCCGGCGUAAGCAGUACCCCAUCGCCCUGGUGCUGGCCCCAACCAGAGAACUGGCACUGCAGAUCUACGACGAAGCCAGGAAGUUUUCGUACCGCUCCAGAGUGCGUCCCUGUGUGGUGUACGGCGGGGCAGACAUUGGCCAGCAGAUUAGAGACCUGGAGAGAGGCUGCCACCUGCUGGUCGCAACACCUGGCAGACUGGUGGACAUGAUGGAGAGAGGCAAGAUUGGACUGGACUACUGCAACUACUUGGUGCUAGAUGAGGCGGACCGCAUGCUGGACAUGGGCUUUGAACCACAGAUAAGACGCAUAGUGGAGCAGGACACCAUGCCGCACAAAGGCAUCAGACAGACCUUGAUGUUCAGCGCUACGUUUCCGAAAGAGAUCCAGAUCCUGGCGAGGGAUUUUCUGGAGGAUUACAUCUUCCUGGCAGUGGGCAGAGUGGGUUCCACCUCGGAGAACAUCACACAGAAGGUGGUGUGGGUUGAAGAGAGCGAUAAGAGAUCUUUCCUCUUGGAUCUGCUCAGUGCUACAGUCAUCCCCAACGAGGUACAGGACAAUACUGGAGACAACGUAGAGAAACCUGGUAAAGACUCCCUGACCCUCGUCUUCGUGGAGACCAAGAAAGGAGCCGACGCCUUGGAGGACUUCCUGUACCGGGAGGGCUACGCCUGCACCAGUAUCCAUGGCGACCGCUCCCAGAGAGACCGCGAGGAGGCACUGAACCAGUUCAGAUCGGGAAAGUGCCCCAUCCUUGUCGCCACGGCGGUUGCAGCUCGAGGUCUGGACAUCUCCAACGUGAAACAUGUUAUCAACUUCGACCUUCCAAGCGACAUAGAGGAGUACGUCCACCGCAUCGGACGUACGGGGCGAGUCGGAAACCUGGGGCUGGCCACGUCAUUCUUCAACGACAAAAACGGGAACAUCACAAAGGACCUGCUGGAUAUCCUGGUAGAGGCUAAACAGGAGGUUCCUUCAUGGCUGGAGAGCCUGGCUUAUGAACACCAGCACAAGAGUAGCAACAGGGGGCGCUCUAAGAGGUUCUCUGGUGGUUUCGGAGCUCGGGAUUACCGCCAGACAGCUGCCGGGGGCAACGCCGGAGGGUUCGGGGGGCGGGGAGGACGCAACCAGCAGGGACACGGAGGAAACCGUGGCUUCGGAGGAGGUGGUUUCGGCAACUUCUACACAAGCGACGGCUACGGAGGGAAUUACUCCCACUCUCAAGUGGACUGGUGGGGCAACUAGGUGUCUCCAUUCCCUCUCUACUCAUCUUUCUUUCCUCCUUUAACUCCUUUUCCAUCUUUUCUCCCCAACCAUGUCAUCCACAUCCCAUCCGUCUCGUCACCUCUACUAUUCCCUGGAACCUACAUGCAUGUUAUUAAACUAUUUAUACUCAUUUAUA